AAAGAAUUAUUUAAUAGCAACACAAAAACAAGAACUAAUCAAUAUCGAACGAAUAAUCAAAGAAAUCAACGAAGCUUGGAAUAAUGCGGAAGAUAGAAUUAAUAACGUUCUUCCAUAUCAUAUUCAACCUGAUUUCUUCGCAAAACUCAAAAGAAAUAUAAAACUCGAAGCCCGUCGAUUACAAAAGAAUUUAUCUAAAGAACAUGAAGCCGUUAGAUUAAUGAAUCUGAAUGGUGGAAAUAGUCUGGCAAAUUAUAGCAGAAUUGUACAAUUGCCACCAAAAGCAAUUCAAUUAUAUAUUUGUAUGAGAUCGAAUAAAUUCACAUAUAACCGGUGCUUGUUUUGCCAUAUUCGAAAAUAUUUUCAUUAA